AUGGAAAACCGUAAUCAAACAUCAACUGAUUUUGUCUUAUUGGGAUUGUUUCCCUCAUCAAGAUUUGGCCUGUUUCUUUUUAUUCUCAUUGUUCUCAUUUUCCUAUUGGCUUUAUUUGGCAAUCUUUCCAUGAUCCUUCUUAUCUUUCUGGACGUCCAUCUUCACAAACCCAUGUAUUUUUUACUUAGUCAACUAUCCUUAAUUGACCUAAAUUACAUCUCAACCAUUGUCCCCAAAAUGGCUUACAGUUAUCUGUUUGGAAAUAAAUCAAUCUCAUUCAUUGGAUGUGGGGUACAGAGCUUCUUUUUCUUGACUUUAGCAGGUGCAGAAGCAUUGCUUUUGGCCUCUAUGGCUUAUGAUCGGUAUGUGGCCAUUUGCUUUCCUCUUCACUAUCCCAUCAAAAUCAGCAGGCGAGUGUGUGUGUUGAUGAUAAUAGGAUCUUGGGUAAUGGGCUCUAUCAAUUCCUGUGCCCACACCACAUAUGCCCUCCAUAUCCCUUAUUGCAGAUCCAGGGCCAUCAAUCAUUUCUUCUGUGAUGUCCCAGCCAUGUUGACUCUGGCUUGCAUGGACACUUGGAUCUAUGAGUACACGGUGUUUGUGAGUACCAUCCUCUUCCUUUUGUGCCCUUUCAUUGGUAUUGUAUGUUCCUAUGACCGUGUUCUCUUUGCGGUCCAUCACAUGAACUCAGCAGAAGGGAAGAAGAAGGCCUAUUCAACCUGCAGCACCCACCUCACAGUGGUGACUUUCUACUAUGCUCCCUUUGUUUACACUUAUCUACGCCCAAGAUAUCUCAGAUCUCCAACAGAGGACAAGGCUCUGGCUGUCUUCUACACCAUCCUGACCCCAGUGCUCAAUCCUGUUAUCUAUAGCCUGAAAAACAAGGAGGUUAUGGGAGCGCUGAGGAGAGCAAUUCAGAGAAUCUGCUCUGUAAAAACAUAG